ACUCAAGACUACCACUCCUAUCCGUUUUUUAUUUAUUUAAAUCUAUCGUAAUAGACACAAACAAAAAUUCAGUUUCCACCAAGACUGAUUAAUAUUAAGUCAUCAUAGAUUUAAGUGUGUGGGUGGUCUUUAGUGAUAAUUGAUAUCCAAACCUAUCACUGCACUUGGAUAAACAUCAAACAUGGAAAAAUUUCCCGAACAACGCGAAGAAGACAACGGUCAUGUUUUCGAACCAGAAGAAGUUGAAGUUAGCCAACCAAAAAUUAUAAUAUCAAACUUGGGCCCUCAAAUCAAGUUUGAAGACAUCGAGCAUCUUCUAUCCCAACAUGGCCGCGUCAUUCAUUGUGAUAAGCUUACCUCAAAAGACCCGAACACGCAGGUUGUACAGAUUACAUACGAAACUCCGGAGCAGGCGCAAGACGCCGUUACCAACUUGAACGGCAUCGAAGUCGAAGGUAAAUCUCUUAAAGUUGAGCUAGUUGGGGAAAAACGUGGUCGCAGAGGUCCGCGAGGGCCAGGAAUAGCUUUCGGUGGAUUUCCCGGCCAAAGUCGGCAAACCGACUUCCCGCUACGUAUACUCGUUCAAAGUGACAUGGUGGGAGCUAUAAUCGGUAGGCAGGGUUCGACUAUCAGACAAAUAACACAACAGACAAGAGCUCGGGUCGACGUUCAUCGGAAGGACAAUGUCGGAUCUUUAGAAAAAGCUAUAACGAUUUAUGGGAAUCCCGAGAAUUGUACAAACGCGUGCAAGAAAAUUUUGGAAGUUAUGCAACAAGAGGCAAACAACACGAAUAAAGGUGAAAUUUCUCUGAAAAUACUGGCCCAUAACAAUUUAAUCGGGCGCAUUAUCGGUAAGGGUGGCAACACGAUAAAACGUAUUAUGCAAGAAACCGAUACAAAAAUCACCGUUUCGAGUAUUAACGACAUUAAUUCCUUUAAUCUGGAACGUAUUAUUACCGUUAAGGGUAGCAUAGAAAAUAUGAGCAAGGCAGAGGCCCAAAUCAGUGCAAAAUUACGGCAGAGCUAUGAAAACGACCUCCAGGCGAUGGCCCCACAGACGAUGAUGUUCCCAGGGCUCCAUCCUAUGGCGAUGAUGGCAACAGCUGGUAUCGGAUAUGGAUCUCGUGGUCUUUACGCGGGCCAAGCGCCUUAUCCCGGAAUGUACCCAACAAGUAGUUCCGCCCAGGGCCAAGCCGGCGAUACCCAAGAAUCCACAUACUUAUACAUUCCAAAUAACGCGGUGGGGGCGAUAAUUGGGACAAAAGGUUCGCACAUACGGAACAUAAUUCGUUUCUCCGGCGCCUCCGUCAAAAUUGCACCUCUCGAUGAGACGAAAGCUCAAGAGACGCAAAACGAAAGAAGAGUGACCAUUGUGGGUUCUCCUGAAGCACAGUGGAAGGCUCAAUACCUGAUCUUUGAAAAAAUGCGAGAAGAAGGAUUCGUAGCUGGUUCCGACGACGUUAGACUGACUGUCGAAAUUAUGGUACCUAGUUCUCAAGUAGGGCGUAUUAUCGGUAAGGGCGGUCAAAAUGUGCGUGAAUUGCAACGUGUUACCGGCAGCAUAAUCAAACUUCCCGAACAGGGAGCCUCGCAAGAAGACGAGACAACUGUACAUAUCAUUGGUCCCUUUUUCAGUGUUCAAUCAGCACAACGACGUAUUCGCGCAAUGGUAAUGCAAUCGGUGGUGCCCCCCGCCAGCAGGGGAAGGCAGGCGAGGCCGCCGAAAGACGGCAGCCAAUCACAGUCCGAGGGUCAAUCGACUGACCAACCACAGUAGUACCAGCUACCAAAGUUCACUGCCUUGUGCAUAGGUUAUACAUGCCCUAUUGUACAUGAACAUCUCGAGGCCUUCCACUAAAAAUUAUCGUCCUUUUAAGAUGCAAGUAUGAUGGUUUUUGAUGGGUUUAGUGUCACUUUAACUCCAGUAUCUUCAGCAGUCUUAGUUUUUCUCGUAGUGGAAAGUUUUGAGAAUAAUUCGAACUGUUUGUUGUCAAACUUGGUGCCGAUUUAUCACAAUCUACCUCAAGAAAUCAAAAUAAGAGUUAUAGUCCUAGAAAUUUCCGUUAUUUACACUACCGCAACUAACCAUAGCAACCUCAAGCGAUACAACACACAUCCAGCUCUAUUUACUAAAUUAUUUUCAGCCGUUUUCAUUACCAAAGACGCAGUUUACGCGGGAGCAGAUUUAAAACUAUUUCUUUAUUCUUUAAUUUUUUUUUACAAGCUGGAUCCAAUCCAAAAACAGCAUCGAAGGGCGUCGAAGCUCUUCGUGUGGCGCAAAAGGGCUCGGGACGAGAUAUGACAGAGUUGCAAGAGUUCCAACGGUCCCGCGUCCUUUGCCAAGGUUUUUACGUGACUGUUCUUGGUUUGAGCGUGAAUGUGAGACAACACUUAGUAGUAAUUUUCAUUGGUCAAAGACUUGGUAGAUGCGCGCAAAAAAAAAAAAACAAAACCAAAGGAAUCUGACCUGGCUUUUGAGGUGUCUCGCUCGAUGGUUAAGAACUUUACGAAAAAAGGCAUGAAUGUAACGUAUAUUAUUAAAUGUUUUAAUUAUAUUGUUAGACGAUUGUUAAACAAUGUUGAGUUAGUUGAGGCUGGCGCGACUUCUUAGUUAUUAUUUGUUAGGAGUUGAAUUCGUCCCAGCCUGGACUGUGAUUGUUGCACAAGUAAUAUACCAGACAGGACGGUAAGGUUAUAGGCCUUAUUGUUGGCAUUGUGCCUUGUGUCAAGGCUAGCCACGUCCCAGAUAGUACAAACUUGAAAGGGAUAGACGGGCUUUUACAAAGCCUGGUAUGAUCUUUACCGAAGGUCGUAAUAUUGUAAAAAUGAAUAUUUUUGAUAAAAACUGUUUGUUGGGGAGGAUAUUUUUUUGUUAGAGAAAAAAAUGAGAAAAAGUAUAAUUAUGGGGUCGCUAUUUUUAAAUUGUGAAAAAAAUGGAUAUAUUAUGAUAUUUAUUAAAUUUAUGUAUAAAGCAACUUUUAAUUAUUUGUACAGAAGUAUAAAGUGUGCCAAAGUGCAAGAAUGUUACCAGAGAGAGCUUAAUUUAUUUAUUUAUAUAAAUAAAUAAAAUUGAGGGGUGCAUAUAUUUAUUUAGGUAGUUCGAGAGUCUCAGUCGUAUCCCGGUAAUUACUCGGGAAUGUUUUGAAUAAAGAAAACGCAAAGCCAUCUGAAUACACCUACACAUUAUUGCAAAAGACGAGAUGAUACGAACGCGUGGUUACAUUGCGAAACGGUUACCUAAGUGCAUAAAUAAGGUCUGUAUUUAAAAAAAAAAAACAGUUUAAUCCAUUUAUUUCACAUAUUGUCAUCCAGAGGAAAUGACUACGAUACUUAGACGCAGAUACAACAUUUCUCCUAAUAACUCGAACAUAGGGAACCCGUCAAAAGUAACACCUAAAUUUUUCCUUUUCUUUUGUAGCCAGGUGUAGUUCAAAUUUUUCGGUGGCAUGCAUAACUGCAGGGGAUUUUUUAUAGACCUCAGUUCUACGAAUUUAUUUUGUUUAACUUAUUAUAUUUUCCUGCUACAUCUCGUAAUAAUUCCAAAAAUUAACCAAAUUUGGUUGAGUUAAUUUGCAUCCGCCAAUUUAUUACCAAUAAAAACCUCUUGCUGUCCCAUUUAAAUUAUUUUUCUGUUUUUGUAUAACAUUUUAUUAAUAAAUUUUUUAAAAUAAUAUCAAAAAGAUUCCUUCAACAUUUUACACUUGAAAUGUGCCCAUGCAGAUUUCAUACGACAAAACGGCCGCGUUUGAAUUAAUUUGACUGCACUGACAUUUUUAAAAAUCACGAUAAUUCAAGCAGGUUUCCCUAUGUAGACCCCCAGAGAAAGACCUACGAUUAAGUAGAGAGCCUCCACACAUAGCCACACAAAUUUUUCUACACACACAUGGUAAGACACGCAACUUUACAGUCUUAGAUGGAACUGUUGCAGCAACUUGUUUUACAAAGCAAUUUUCGAUUCAUACAAAGUAAAAUUGAAUCUCUGCUGAUUAAAAGCUUCGUAUUGGAACAUAGCAAGAUAUACAAGUUAUGAUAUCACAAACUUGCUAGCGAGUGGAAAUAAUGGGAUUGCGAUUGUUCUUAAUUUAAUAUCUUUGGAUCGAAUUACAUUAAUUUUAAGUUUUCUGAAUAAAUAAGCAAAUUUACUUUUUUUCUUUGGUUUUAACAAAAUUGUUUUAAGUAUUUUUGUUGUUAAUUGCUUCUUAAAGAAAUUUGUGAGCAAGUGAUAUUUUUGCUUCCCCAAAUUUUAAUAUAAGACACUGCACAUUUUCUUUUACAGUCUGAUCAUAUUCAAUCCAGCAAAAAUAAUGUUUUUUAAUGUAGUCAAAUAAUAGCUCUUUGUUACAAAUCCAAAAAUAUUAAAUUUCUGAAAAGUUUGCAUACCCAAUAUUUCCACCUACGUUUUAAAAUAUUACACUGAAUCAACACGUUAGAAACAUUCUACUAGCAGUUAAAAAUCAAAUGCUUACCCUAAUUUAAUGGGCUAGUUAGUAAUUAACAACCAAAACAACGCGAGGGCAUUAUACCACUGGCCUAUAGUGCCUAGAGGUAUAAAAGUUUUAUUUGCUGCCUACAAAUGAUGUUAAUUGGUUGUUUCUUCUGUUUCAUUUCAAAGUUAAACACUCGUUUAUCACUCUAUGGGUGAAUAUUUCUUUAUUUACAAUGCUUAAAGGCAAUGGUAAUAAUGCUAUCACAAUUUUUUGCACCAUUAUACUAUUCGUUGUUAUGUUAAGAAUAGUUGCUGCGAUAUUUUGUUGCCUUAAUAAAAGUUAUCUAAUUUUGAGGAUAACACAGGUUGAAAUAUUAUGUUGUUUACAUUUACCACUUAUUUAGCUAUAUAACCAAUAUCCGACUAAUCUAAAACUAUAAUAUUCAUAUGUAAAGUUAUGUUUAACGGUUUCUUCAUUAUUUGAUUCACAAUUAUUUUGAUAAUCAUAGUAUAUAUAUGAAAGUGAGGAGACUGAUUGUGCAAACAACCCAGCCCACUCUUAGAUUUAGUAACCCUUAGUCCCGGAUAGUACAUUCUAUAAGGAUUUUUUGCCUGCUCGAAACAACACUAAUUUCACUUCUGCAAAUGCUAAUAGAUUCAAUGUUUUAAACAAAAAAAAUGCUUUGACCAUAUUAUGUAGUAAGUGAAGAACUACUAUCCGACGACCUAAGAAAUAAACUACCUCAGUAAUUGUAUAUUUCUAUUAAACUUGAUUUCGUUGUUCAUGUUUUACUUGGGUAUCAAUAUACAUAUAGGUUAUACUUUUCUGGUGAAUGCUAUUUGUUCAAAACAUUUUUGUAUUACUCUAGAUGAUAAGGAAAGUUUUUGUGUAGGUGUGCCAUUGUUUUUAACUGUAAUCUAAAACAAUUAAUUUGUAAUUUCAUCAAAAGCAAAUGGUAAACAUUAUCAGAUAUAGGAUUUUUUGUAACGAAAAUACAUUAUUUCAUAUCCACACCAAUUUCGCAUAGCUUAUUUACUGUAAGCUACAACCGUAUAUGUAGUUGCCAUGAUCAGCAAGUGAAACAUUUUGGAGGGGGUAAACGUUUGAAUUUUAGUCGAGAGUCAAUUAUUCCAACAAUUUCUGUCACAAUUUUUUCACAUUACCCCAAUAAUUCGAAUAUGUUUGACUUCGUAGCUAAGCCAAUUGAGAUAGAAAAUCAAAUCCUUAUUGCUAUACAUUUUGCCACAAUGUAUGUGUGCAAUAUACAGCACACCUAUUGCCUGUGGUGGCAAUACAUAAUAUUAACAACAUCCCAGAAGUUUUCUCAGGAAUAAUAGCUCAGGUUACUUACUUUUUUUAUGAUAAAGUCCAUGAAACCUUGUUUUCAAUAACGAUCGUCAUUUUGUUACACUAUCCUACUGUUACAAUAUAUUUUCGUUAUUUUUUAAACUAUAUUUGUUGGCUUAUUGCAAAAUGCGGGUAUAAAAAAACAAAAUGGUAGUUUCAAAAUGUGCUUUUUGGAAACAUUAAUAUGUACGUAAUGUCAGCUAUUGUCUAUAAUUUUCUUGUUAGAUUAGCAUAUACGGUAAACAAUGACACAAUUGAACAUUUCUUGGCAAGAUAAAAAUUACAGUUACAAAUUGUAUUCUAUUCUGGUAUAGAAAUUUUUUAAUCAAAAUUUUUUACUUCCGUUUAAAAUAAAUAGUGUUCCCUUUACCAGUUGUUUUCUUUACCUAUCUUGGCGAAGUAAAAUAUCCAGUGUUGGCAAUAGGUGUUAGGCUAGGGCGCAGGCAUGAAAUUGAUGCAUCUGGGGCAGCAAAGAUGGGAAUGAUCCUCCGCACAUGCUCCAAAUUUCACACUAACCUGCACUUUCUGCAUAAAUUGCUAUCUCCUCAUAUCCAACCCCGUUUUUCCCUUAAAAGUUUAUGGGAAUUUGUCAUAUUUUGCUAAAAUAUUAGCAAAAACGCCCAAACAGAAAACGGUCCAAUUUAAGUGGACAUGUUGAUUGUUGAGCGCCGCAUGUUGCUCAAACUUGUUUUCAAUCACUUAUAUCAUUUCUUUUAUCAAAUCAUGCUCUUAACCAAUCAGACCUUACACUGUUGGACAAUUACCACGACCACUGGCAGUUCUUCAAUUAGACAGCUUUCAAUCUAGAGCUGUUUUUUUUUGCAGUAUUUCAUAAAAUUAAGCGCCGA